GAAUGAAGAGGGUGGUGGAGCAAGGAAAGUUGUUUGCCUUUAAAUUGAAUAUUUUAAGCUGCAGCGAGAGCCAUUGAAAAGAAAGAGAGAGAAGCAGAGAGAGGUGUAUGUGCGUGCACAGUCUGCGGUCACAGAUAUCUGGAUGCUCGGCUGCAGAGAAAUAAUCUUCCGUCUCAGAUUCGCCAUAAGAUCGCACACUGUAUCGGAGAAGAGAUGAAGACUGGCAAGAAAUCUAUCAUAGCUUUCAUCAAGGAGAGAAAAAUGGGGUUGAAUGAUUUCAUACAGAAGCUGGUGUCGACCCCUCAUAUCUGUCAACAUGUUGAAGUCAACAACUUCCUGAAGAUUGAUGAGAAUCAGAACGAAGACGUUGAAAAUGAUCAACUUCCUGAAAGAACGAUGUUCCUAAAUUCACAAAGUUCACUGGUUGAGGACACUCAGAUCAAACCCUGUGACUUCGACUACCUCAAGAUCAUCGGCAAAGGCAGCUUUGGAAAGGUUCUGCUAGCACGACACAAGGAGUCCACUAAAUAUUAUGCAGUCAAAGUGCUACAGAAGAAAAUUAUCCUGAAGAAGAAAGAGCAAAAGCAUAUCAUGGCUGAACGCAGUGUGCUUAUGAAGAACAUCAAGCAUCCUUUCCUGGUGGGGCUGCACUACUCCUUCCAGACUACAGACAAGCUAUACUUUGUACUUGACUACGUUAAUGGUGGAGAGCUCUUCUACCAUCUUCAGAGAGAGAGGAUCUUCUUGGAGCCCCGAGCCAGAUUUUAUGCUGCUGAAAUUGCAAGUGCACUUGGCUACCUCCACUCCCUGCAUAUUGUGUACAGGGACCUGAAGCCUGAGAACAUCCUGUUAGACUCUCAAGGCCACAUAGUCCUAACUGACUUUGGUCUCUGCAAAGAGGGACUGGAACCCAAUGGCACAACAACAACGUUCUGCGGAACGCCUGAGUAUCUGGCUCCUGAGGUUCUCCAAAAGCAAGCCUAUGACCGUACAGUUGACUGGUGGUGCCUGGGAUCUGUGCUCUAUGAGAUGCUCUAUGGACUUCCCCCGUUCUACAGUCGCAACACAGCCGAGAUGUACAACAACAUCCUGCACAAGGCUCCUGUACUCAAACCCAACGUGUCAAAUGCAGGCAGGGAGCUGCUUGAGGGCCUCCUGCAGAAGGAUCGUACCAAGAGGCUGGGGGUGAAGGAUGAUUUUCUGGAACUGAAGUACCAUUCCUUUUUCACACCAAUCAACUGGGACGACCUGAUGGCCAAGAAGAUCACACCACCCUUCAUCCCCUCAGUGAGUGGUCCCACAGACUUGCGUCACUUUGACCCAGAGUUCACCCACCUGCCUGUGUCCUCCUCUCUGUGCACCGACACCCUGACGGUGACCGGCAGUGUCAAAGAAGCAGCAGGGGCAUUCCCAGGCUUUUCCUAUGGGCCACCAGAAGACCAUUCCUUCAUGUGAAUCAGUAUCCAUAACUGAUCUUUUCUGCCAGAAACUACAUAAAAGCUCUGGAUUGAGAGUCUUAUUUUGACAGUGGGACCACACUGCUUAGAGGGUCAAAUCCUGAAGGAUCUUGUACUUGUGUACUGAUUAGACUCCCAUGUUACAUCACUGGCCCUACUCUUCUGGCUUUACCAUUGAAAACUAACUCUAUGUGUGCCAAGUACUGAUGCCCUCUGGGGUUGCAUAGCAUCACUCACUGGUGGCUGGACCUUACAGAUAGGAAGUGACACAAAGAGAAGUGCCUGAGGCUUAAAAAGCAAUUUGGACGGAGCCUGCAAGAGUCAUCUUUCUCCAAUGUUGUUCCGCUCAGCUUUCAGCAGGGGCCGUUGAGGGUGAGGCCUUCAUUCCACGUUUGCAUAUGUUGAUAAUGCAAUUUAAUGUCAUGUCAAUGCUCUAUUGCACGUAUGGAAACAUGGGUCAAGAAAGGUGACUGGUAAGGAUCAGAUUAUAUCUUUGCUUUGGACCAAAUGUAACGUAACACAAUGUAACGUUUAACAUAAAACUUUUCUUUACCGACAUGUUCUCAUAAACUGAAAUCUUCUAUAGUCUGAAUGGAAGGAAAAUGUUACACAAAUUUGAUCAUUUCAUCAACACACCACUGUUUACCUGUUGAAGCAUAUAGUUUAUUAAUGUCUCCCAGUGUAUAUAGAAAUAUAUUUAAUGAAAAUGUUAUUGACUUAAAAGGUGAUGUUACCCCCAACUCGUUUUCUGAGAGUUUUAAUCUGUAUGUCUAAUUUAUUCUAAUGAUCUGGAAAUGGUGAUUUAACCAGCAAUAACAUGUUUAAACAGUGUAUAUCAAUCAUUAUCAUAAUUAGAAUGUUUUAUAGUAAACACUCUGGGCAAGUUAGAUAUGUUACAGAUGUCUUUGUAUUUAUGCAUCAUGUAGAGAGGAACUGUGAAUGUUUUGUGCCUGUCCAAGGCGGCCUGACCCAUGUAUACUGUGCGUACAGUACAUAUCUAUUUUCCUUUACCUGUUGUUCCCUCCUCUAGAGAAUCUUUAUUUAUAUAAGUGCUUCAUUAACUUGACUAAGAGCAACUAGAUGGAGCAGGCUUUGGCAUUAGCCACAAGCCUUCUGCAUCACAGGGUUCUUAAAAGUGCAAUAAAAUCACGUUGGCUUGGAUGGAGGAAUUGUCGAUGGAUCUUCCAGCAGGAUGGGAAUAGUAAUGUAUGACCUGAUGCAUUACUGUACUGAAAAUGGAUGAUUUAUUCUUUGUACAUAUAUUCAAAAUGGAUGCAUGUAAAAGGUGCAUUUUCAAGCCUGCUGAAAAAAAAACGCACCGCACAGUUGUACAUUAUUUUCUUCCAUAUUUGGAAGCGUUAUAUAUUUUUUUCUCUCUCUUUUGUAUUUCUACAUGUAUUUAUUUUCCUGUCGUUGCUACCGGAUGAAUAAAAUAAUUGACAUGAUCUACUGAAUGAAUUCAAUGUAACCUACAAAAUUCAAAAUAAAAUCUCUUAAGUAGAA